GCUGUGUGCUUGCGUCGUCUCCACCUGAUUAAAAUGAGGCACUAAAGACAGGUGGAGAGGUAGUUAGCGGGGGCAAUAAUAAUCCAAUGGCGAAAUUCAGCUUGGUACCAGCCUUCCAAGAGCUCUGGAACGUGUGGGAAAUCCACUGCCUGGUCCUGACCAGCCUUUUCCUGCAAGUCUUCCUCUUCCUCUUUGCGGGCUUGCGGAGGCGCAGCGCGUCACCCGUGCUGCACACCAUCGUGUGGCUGGCCUACCUAUCGGCCGACUCUGUGGCCAUCUUCGUGCUUGGCCACCUCGCGGUCUACGCGAGCCAGCCGGGCCACCAGCUCAUGUCCUUCUGGGCGCCGUUCAUGCUCAUCCACCUGGGCGGGCAGGACACCAUCACUGCCUUGUCGAGGAAAGACAACGAACUGUGGAAGAGCCACCUGCUGAUCUUGGUCUCCCAGGUAGCAGUCGCCGGCUAUGUCGUGGCCAUGGUUUCUUGGCCGGACGGCCGGCUCAUGGCUGCCAUGGUGUUCAUGUUCCUUUCAGGGUGCUUCAAGUACGCUGAGCGUACUUUGUGUCUCUACCUUGCGAGCCCAGAGAAGCUCAGGUCGCGUGCCCUGCGUGGUUUGCAAGACAAGCUUGAGAAACUUCAGGAGACGGAGGACAACGUUUACCCUUUUGGUCUUGGGAGCAGAAACAAAUCCAGAGCCAAAAAAAUGAGAAAAACACUUGAUAAUACAGUGAAAGGGAGUUCAAGCAGACUACUGUCGGCCGACGAAAGUAUAGACAUCCUGACUGUGAGCAACCAGCCCAAGUUGAUCCCGUUUAAUAGUUAUCGUCCAUUGAUCAACUAGAUUAAAAAGGGCCAACUCCGGUAGUCCUUGGAAUGUAAAAUGAGCACCGCCCAGGAUUUAAACACACUCCACUUGCACAACAUGUAGACAUCGUCACACAAGCACAACUGUACAUAGAGUUUAGAUUACAUAAAAGAGGUUCAAGUA